AUGUAUUCAAUCUUAGUAUUCGACAUAGUUCAUGAUCGUCGGAUCCCGAAACUCCGUGAUGAUUAUAUUCUUGUCAAAACAAUAGCUGUGGGUCUGAAUCCUACGGAUUGGAAGCACAUUGACUUUAUCAUGAAAGAACCUGGGCCGUUAGUUGGCUGUGAUUAUGCAGGGAUUCUCGAAGAUGUGGGCUCCAAGAUUACGAAGCCAUGCAAGAACGGGGACGGAAUAUGUGGUAUGGGACAUGGUUCCAACGCGUUCCAACGCGUUCCAACACGAAGAAGGUACUUUGCCGAGCAUAUUGUGGUGAAGGGAGAUAUCCAGAUCGGAAUUUUCGACAACAUCAAUUGCGAGCAGGCGGCUACUCUAGGUAUUGGUAUUGCGGCGGUCGGCCAGGGCUUGUACCAAGGACUGAGUCUGACGAUACCAACCGACUCAGUAAAGACGGCAGAGCCAAUGUUGAUUUAUGGUGGAAGUACUGCAACCGGUCAGUGCCUUGGGAAUUCAGUUCGCUAA